UCCGCUGCGGAAGGCGCCGCUGCGGCCGCCGCUUCGUGUACACAAACGGCGUAAAAAACAACAGCAGGGUUAUUUUGUUAUUUUUCGGGAGGGGGGACGAAGUGGUUGGAGGGUGUUACGAGUGUGAUGGACUGAAGCGGAGGGAGAGAGGCGGCAGCAUGUCCAUGGAAGACCCCUUCUUCGUCGUCAAAGGCGAGGUGCAGAAGGCCGUAAGUGGUGCUCAGAGCCUCCAUCGCAGAUGGAGCGAGUUGCUGCUGGAAGGGGGCGCAGCCUCCAAGGAGGAGAUGGACUGGACCACCAACGAGCUGCGGAAUAGCCUGCGUUCCAUCGAGUGGGACCUUGAAGACCUUGACGAGACCAUCAGCAUCGUGGAGUCCAACCCAAAGAAGUUCAACCUGGACGCUGCUGAGCUGGCCAAGAGAAAAGCCUUCAUUAGCAGCACCAGACACGCCGUCAAGGAAAUGAAGGAGCACAUGUGCAGUAGUCCAGCUGUGGCCUUCAUUGACAAAUCAAACAAACAGGCGCCGCUGGCCGACGGCGCCGUUUGCGAUAAGUUCCAGCGGUUGGAGUGUGAGCUGCGCAGCGCCAACUCAAACUUCAUUGAGGAGCAGCAGCUUCAGCAACAGCUGAUGGCGGAGCGGCAGGACGAGCAGUUGGAGCUGGUGUCGGGAACCAUCGGAGUCCUGAAGAACAUGUCGGAGAGGAUCGGCCUGGAGUUGGACGAGCAGGCCGUCAUGCUGGACGACUUCGGCCAGGAGAUGGACAACACGCACUCCAGACUGGAUAAUGUCAUGAAGAAACUGGCCAAAGUGUCCCACAUGACCAGCGACCGCCGCCAGUGGUGUGCCAUCGGUGUGCUGCUAGCCAUCCUCUUGGUCAUCCUCCUCCUCUUCUUCAUACUCUGAUCGACGGAUGCGCUGACUCGUCUCCAUCCUCUGACUGUGGACCAGAGGUCAUAGUUCAACUUCUACCCUGCUGAGUGACACUGAACGGUUAACGGUUCACAGGUCAAAGAGCAAAUGUGUUUGAAAUGUACUUGUACUAUGUUCUUCCCAACUUAGGGCACUUUAUACUUUUGCAGAAUUACACUAAAUGCUUGCAUUUUUGUUGCAGUGUUUUUUGGUUGUUGUUAUGUUUCACUUCCUUUGCAUCUCUUUUAAUGUGAAAGACUGCAGGAAGUAGCACUAAGUCCUUUGUUCGACAGUAACAUUUUCAUCUACAAUUCCAAUGAAGUUGGGACGUUGUGUUAAACAUAAAUAAAAACAGAAUACAAUGAUUUGCAAAUCAUGUUCAACUGAUAUUUAAUUGAAUACACUACAAAGACAAAUAUUUAAUGUUCAAACUGAUCAACUUGAUUGUUUUUAGCAAAUAAUUAUUAAUUUCGAAUUUUAUGCCUGCAACACGUUCCAAAAAAGCUGGGACAGGGUCGUGUUUACCACUGUGUUACAUCACCAUUUCUUUGAACAACAUUCAAAAAACAUUUGGGAACUGAGGACACUAAUUGUUGAAGCUUUGUAGGUGGAAUUCUUUCCCAUUCUUGCUCGAUGUACAGCUUCAGCUGUUCAACUAUCAAUAACUUGUCUUUGUAGUGUAUUCAAUUAAAUAUAGGUUGAACAUGAUUUGCAAAUAAUUGUAUUCUGUUUUUAUUUAUGUUUAACACAACGUCCCAACUUCAUUGGGAUUGGGGUUGUGUGUGUGUAUAUAUAUAUAUAUAUAUAUAUAUAUAUAAUAUAUACACACACACACACACACACACAUACAUCUGGAAAGUAUUCACAGCAUUUAACUUUUACCACAUUGUUAUUUUACAGCUUCACGCCUAAAUGGAAUAAAUUCAUUUUUCCUCAAAAUUUUACACACAACACCCCAUGAUGACAAUAUGAAAAAUAAAUUAGGGAAAUUUGUGCAAAUGUAUUAAAAAUAAAAACUUAAGACAUCACAUGUACAUAAGUAUAGCUAUAGCCUCAAAUCUUUUUGAAUAUGAUGCCACAAGUUUCCCUAUCUUUGGGCAGUUUCGCCCAUUCCUCUUUGCAGUACCUCACAAGCUCCAUUAGGUUGGAUGGGAGCGUCGCUGCACAGCCAUUUUCAGAUCUUUCCAGAGAUGUUGGAUCGGAUUAAAGUCUGGGCUCUGGCUGGGCCACUCAGGGACAUUCACAGAGUUGUCCUGAAGCCACUGCUUCGUUGUCUUGGUUGUGUGCUUAGGGUCAUUGUCCUGUUGGAAGUUUAACCAUUGCCCCAGUUCGAGGUCGUGAGAACUCUGGAGCAGAUUUUCAUCCAGGAUGUCUCUGUAAAUUGCUGCAUUUAUCUUUCCCUCAAUCCUGACUAGUCUCCCAGUUCCUACUGCUGAAAAACAUCCCCACAGCAUGAUGCUGCCACCACCGUGCUUCACUGUAGGGAUAGUAUUGAUCAGGUGAUGAGCAGUGCCUGGUGUCCUCCAAAAACAAUGCCUGGCAAUCACACCAAAGAGUUGAAUCUUUGUCUCAUCAGACCAGAGCAUUUUUUUCUUCAUGGUCUGAGAGUCCUUCAGGUGCCUUUUGGCAAACUCCAGGCGGGCUGUCAUGUGCCUUUUACUAAGGAGUGGCUUCCGUCUGGCCACUCUACCAUACAGGCCUGAUUGGUGGAGUGGUGCAGAGAUGGUUGUCCUGGAAGGUUCUCUCUCCACAGAGGACCGCUGGAGCUCUGACAGAGUGACCAUCGGGUUCUUGGUCACCUCCCUGACUCAGGCCCUUCUCGCCCGAUUGCUCAGUUUAGACCGGCGGCCAGCUCUAGGAAGAGUCCUGGUGGUUUGGAACUUCUUCCAUCUAUGGAUGAUGGAAGCCACUGUUCUCAUUGGAACUUUUAAAGCAUCCAUCCAUCCAUCCAUCCAUCCAUUUUCUGAGCCGCUUAUCCUCACAACGGUCGUGGGAGUAUUGCGGCACAGUGGGCUACUGGUUAGAGCCUGUGUGGAGUUUGGAUGUUCUCCCCGUGCCUGCGUGGGUUUUCUCUGGGCACUCCAGUCGGUCGUGGGAGUGCAGCUAUCGUUGGGCAGGAGGUGGGGUACACCCCAGCCAAUUGCAGGGCACACAUAAACAAACAACCAUUCGACCUCAACAGUCACACCUACGUGCAAUUUAGAGUCUUCAAUUAACCUACCAUGCAUGUUUUUGGGAUGUGGGAGGAAACGGGUGCCCGGAGAAAACCCACGCAGGCACGGGGAUAACAUGCAAACUCCACACAGGCUCUAACCAGUCGGCCAACGUGCCGCACUUUUAAAGCAGCAGAAAUUUUUCUGUACCCUUCCACAGAUAUGUGCCUCGAGACAAUCCUGUCUGAGAUGUCUAUAGACAAUUCCUUUGACUUCAUGCUUGGUUUGUGCUCUGACAUGCACUGUCACCCGUGGGAUCUUAUAUGAACAGGUAUGUGCCUUUCCAAAUCAUGUCCUAUCCACUGAAUUUACCACAGGUGGACUCCAGUGAAUCUGUAGGAACCUCUCAAGGAUGAUCAGUGGAAACAUGAUGCACCUGAGCUCAAUUUUGAGCUUUGUGGCAAAGGCUGUGAAUACUUAUGUACAUGUGAUUUCUUAUUUUUUUAUUUAUAAAUUGGCAAAAACUUCAAAAAUAUUUUUUUUCACAUUGUCAUUAUGGGGUGUUGUGUAUAAUUUUGAGGACAAAAAAUGAAUGUAAUGAGACUGUAACAUAAAAUGUGAAAAAAUUGUGAAUACUUUCCAGAUGCAAUGUAUAUCACUGUUAUUAAUAAAACAUCCUGUUAAAAGGAUGUCUCGACACUCAAAAACGUGGUAGUUAUUGUACUAUUAACACGCUGCUGGAAAGUAUAGUAAUAAUAUUGAUCAUAAGUACGGUGAACUUUCAAUGAUGAUGAACUUGGCAGCUGACAAUAAACAGAAACUAAAACA